AUGGAGCUUGAUCGUUUUGAGAAGGUGUUGAAGGCCUCAGAUGUUAAAAGACUUGUAGUGACCAGCACCAUGCUUGCGAUGCUACCUAGUGUCGAUCCAGAUUGGGAUAUCCCAAUCAGAGUUUUCGACAACCAAAGGCAUCGGGUUUACGAGUUCCAAUUAUCCGGCAGGCGACGGGGCAAAUACACAAAGCCAGCUUUCCAGUCUAGAGCAUGGAGAGUGUUUGCCAAGGACAGAGGCAUUGCAGCUGGGGAUGUGCUCUUUUUCUGGGCGGAGGAGGAAGACCCAUUUCAUCGAACUCAAUAUCGCGUUGCACUCUACAAGCCACAUCUUUUCCCUUAA